CUACCGCCCUCCAACCACCUCCACCAUCACCACCUCAGCCACCACCACCCGCCAAAGGAUCACCAUCACUACCAGCUGGCCCCGCAGCAGCAGCAGCAUCCUACCGGGGAAAACAUCGCGGAGUCCCCGGGCAGGAAAGCCUCCUCCUCGUCGACCCUCAGCCAGGCGCACACGGCCGAGGACCCCGCCGCUAGCAGCAGCAGCAGCAGCAGCAGCAGCCAUGUAUACGCGGCGGUGAGUGUCGCUAAUACCUCGGACGUUGUGGAUGAUAUUCGCAAAUGUGGCUAUUUGAGAAAGCAGAAACACGGACACAAGAGGUUCUUCGUGCUCCGGGCGGCCAGUCACCUCGGCCCCAGCCGCCUGGAGUACUAUGACAGCGAGAAGAAAUUCAGGAACAGCCUGCGCUCCGCGGCUGCGGCCGUAGCCAGCGGCGGCGGAGCGGUGGCCCCUUCUCCCCCGAAGAGGGUUAUUUACCUCUACCAGUGCUUCACCGUAAACAAGAGGGCGGAUUCCAAAAACAAACACCUCAUUGCUCUUUACACCAAGGACGAGUACUUUGCUAUUGUGGCUGAAAACGAGCUGGAGCAGGAGGACUGGUACGUGGCUGUCAGUGAGCUGAUGAGCGAGGGUAAAAAAGGACACCUGGACUCGGAUGAUCUGGAUGAUGGAUACGGUACAGUCACUCCUGGUACUGUGUUCAAGGAGGUGUGGCAGGUGAAUGUGAAACCCAAAGGACUGGGUCAAACGAAAAACCUCACAGGUGUUUACCGGCUAUGCCUCUCAACGAAAACCAUUCACCUCGUCAAGUUGAACUCUGAAACCCCUUGUGUGAACCUCCAGCUGAUGAACAUCAGGCGCUGUGGACAUUCAGAAAGCUUCUUUUUCAUCGAGGUGGGUCGCUCCUCCUCAAUCGGGCCCGGGGAGAUAUGGAUGCAGGUGGAUGAUUCCGUCGUGGCCCAAAACAUGCACGAGACCAUCCUGGAGACGAUGAAAGCCCUGAAAGCUUUUGCAGAGUUUCGGCCGAGGAGUAAGAGCCAGUCCUCGGGCUCCAACCCCAUGCCGUUCAUCACGACGCGGCGCCACCUGGGCAACCUGCCACCAAGUCAGACCGGGCUGCAGCGGCGGUCGAGAACGGAGUCAGUCGUGGGCACGCCACCUUCCAGUAAGAGCUCCGGGGCUAGCGGUUAUCGUUUCCGCACAUCCAGUGAGGGUGAGGGGACAAUGAACCGGCCGUUCCGCUCUGCCACAGGAAGUCUGGUUCACCUCAACUCAGCACGUGCCCAUCAUCGUCAGGAGGGUGGCGGGGGCAGCAGUGUUGGUGUCGCCACAGGAAACGCUGGUACGAGCACCGGCGCUGGACGCUAUGUAAGAGCCAUCCCAGGGUCAUCAUCCAACUACCACGCCCGCUCCGCUUCCCUCCCCGUCUCCCACUUCCCCUCCACCACCAGCCCAGUGAGCGUCUCCUCCAGCAGCGGCCAUGGCUCGGUGUCAGACACACUCACACGCCCAUCAAGUGCCUCGAUAUGUGGCUCCCCGUCUGAUGGCGGCUUCAACUCCUCAGAUGAGUAUGGCUCAAGCCCUGGUGAUUUCCGAUACUUCCGAGUGCGGAGUAACACACCAGACUCCCUCGGCAACACCCCACCAAUCAGAGAGGAGAACUGCCUAAAUGAUUACAUGGCCAUGGGCUGGAACCGGGAGGUCUUCGGCACCAGUGUGGGGUCUGGAAACAACAGUGGAGGUGACACGCCUCGGGAUGAGGGCUCAUCAGCGGCAGAGGAAGAUCGCUUUUCUUCGUCGUCAUCGCUGCGGAGGAGGACGCAUUCUUUCACCAGACCUGCAGGGGGAGCAACCGGUGGUUCUGGAGUGGCAGUUUACCAGAAAAUGACCCAGACCAACUUUUCAUUGGAUGAGGAGUCAGACGUGGUGUUGCCAUUUGGCAGCGGGCUGCUCCGUGGUGGGCCUUCCUCCUCCUCUUCCUCGCUCCGCUCUGACUACAGUUCCUGCUCCGAGCACAGCCAACAGAGCCGCCCCUCCACGCUCUCCCGGACGGAGGCCGGCAGUGAGCGUCCUCCUCUCUCCUCCUCCUCUGCCAAGGAAGACAGCGGUUACAUGCCCAUGAUGUGCGGCGUCGCAGCUUCACCACGGGACACGCCCCCUGACUACAUGCCUAUGCAACCCAGCUCUUACUCCCAUCAUGUCUCCCAUUCCCCUCAGUUUCACAGCCCAGCUUUAGGUGCCCGUUCAGCCCACCCCCACCCCCAGCUCCAGCCCCAGUCCUCCACAGACUCCCACGGUUAUAUGAUGAUGCUCCCAGGUGGCAGCGGCAGCUCCCCUUCUCCAGUGCAGGCCUCCCCCAGCCCUCACAGUAGCUCCAGUGUGGCAGGUGCCAGUGCAAGUGACAGUAUAGCAGAGAGACCUGAGAACGGGGAAUAUAUGGACAUGUCGUACAGCAGCAGUGGAGGGCGCAAGCUCUCAAACGAAGGGAGCAGUGGAUAUUUUACCCCUGAGAGCACCCCAAAGUCUUACAGCCCUUAUUUCUCCCUCCCUCGCUCCUACAAAGCCCCCACAAGAGAGAGGGAUGAGAAAGAGUGUGGGGAGUAUGUUCCUAUGAGUUCUCCUGCUAAGCCAGUCUUUUCAUCAGUUGCCACAGCCUCAAUGUCAACACCAGAGAAGAGGGGCGGGGGAGGAAGUAGCACCUCAACCCCCUCUCAUCCACCGCCGCCUUAUGGAGCUCAUCACACGACAGCAGCGAUGGCCGACAGACGCGUGGUGAGGCCUAACCGCCUCCCUUUAGGUAGAAGGAGUUUCCACGGUCCACUGCGGGUUAGUGAGCCCUCCACAGUGUCUUCAGGAACCUCAGCGUCAGUCCCUGCCACUGCUUGCUCAUCUGAAGGGCCAUCCAGUCCUGGAGAAUAUAUCAACAUAGAGUUUGAGGAUCACUACCCCCACCAACAACAGCCCCCUGCCUAUCCUCUCUCUGCCCAAGAUGAAUCACCUUCCCUGGGAUCCAUUGACCACCGCCACUCUCCUCCACAGCCCCAAACUCACCAGGACUACAUGAGUGUAGAGGUGGAGGCAGAUCAGCAGGACAGUGCAGGAUGUCUGGGUAAGAACCAGUCCCCCAGGCCCAGCCUCGUCGCCCCAUGGAACCCGCCCAGCUAUAUCAGACCCCUUGCUAGCAAUCCUGGGGCACUGGCCUCCCCUGGAGUCCCUGCUGGAGGUCACUGGAGGUCAAUGGGUGACGACUAUACAGACAUGACAUUUAACCUCAGCAGAGGUGAUAGGACGCAAACAAGCCCCACAGCCAUGCUGCAGCACCUCUGUGUAAUAGAGGGACGUUACGGCCAUGCCUCCUCUGCCUCCCCCUCAUCCAUUUCCCCUCCUCUCCCCCCGUCAAGUCCAGGUAGGACGCCAACACAGCAGCUGGAGCCUAAGGUGGUUCGAGCUGAUCCCCAGGGCAGGAGGAGACACAGCUCAGAGACAUUCUCCUCCACUUCCUCCUCUAAUUCAACUCCCCCUGGAGGAGGACUUGGACCCUCAUCCUCAGCCACCCACCCCACAGCGAACCCCACAGCCUCUAACGGAUCUUACCUAGCUGAGGGUCAAGCUUCCAGGUGGGCCAGUUCAGCGUCUUUCGACAGUGUGUGGAUGUCUGUGGAGGGUGUAGGAGACUCGCCGGCUCACCACGCUCCAACAAGAGCCAUGGAAAUGGGGACAACGGCCGGGACCUCAGCCUCUGCCUCCUCCUCGGGAGCUGUGGCCGGACGGAUGUGCAGAAACAUGUCUGUUGGCUACCAGAACGGCCUGAACUACAUCGCCUUGGAGCUGAGGGAGGACGGGAGUAAUGUAGGAGCCAUGAUGUCGGGAGGUGGUAGCAGCAAUGGGAGCUCGGCGGCAGCAAUGGGGACUGUGCCUCUGCCGGAGAACAGCGCCUACGCCAGCAUAGACUUCACCAAAUCUGACGGAGUCUCCACGACAACCAAGGACUGAACGAGGACGUCAGAGGUUCCCCGCUCUCCUCCUCCGCCUCCUCCUCCUCCUCCUCCUCUUCGUCCUCAUCUCUCCGCUCGUGGCCUCCCGCACCAGUGACCUCUGACCUCCACCCUGACCGAGCAGCCGCUCCCUUCUGGACCCAGAAAACAACAAACAACAGAGGACAGAAAA